UGCAAAAACGAAAAAAUACAUAAAGAGCAGGACCAACAAUGAUUAAGCACGAAUUGUCGCAAUUGGUUCAGACAAAUAAGAGAAGUUACUACCUGUUCAAAGUUCAAAACUGCCAACUGAUUGGACCAUUUGAAAGAUUCACAUUUUCACAUCUUCCACUCACAAUUAACCUUCUUGGGUGAUCAAGAUUUAGGAUUCCAGAUUACUCUGCAAAACCCAUUCCCAGUUUCUUUUCAUAGAUUUUCUAUUUCAGAUGUUUGAGGGAGAGUUACUGGAGAAUGGUUUCAAUCAGGAGGACAGAGAACCUUCUGAUUCUUUGGUGGAUAAGGUUGAUCCUGGGAAACCUGCAUCAUUGACCUGGCAGCGGAAAUUAAAUGCUGAGGAAAUUGCCCUUUCACAAUUUAAUUUACGUUUUCAAGAGAAAUUUCAACUGGCUCCUGUAGGUAUUCGGUUGUGGCAGUUUCUCCGAGAAGAAGCUGCCAAAGGAAGGGGAGGUAUUAUCGAUCCAUUUGCUAAGCGCUUUCUAACAUCUACUCAAGGAGUUCCGCUUGGUGCUAUUGGCUCUGGAAGCAUUGGAAGAAGUUAUAAAGGUGAAUUUCAGCGCUGGCAGCUGUUCCCUAGAAUAUGUGAAGAAAAACCUGUUUUAGCAAAUCAAUUUUCUGUUUUUGUUUCACGCUCAACUGGUGAAAAGUACUCUAGUGUUCUGUGCCCAAGGAAGCCAGAGAGUGUCAAAGAACCUGCAGUUUCUGGAAUUGAAUCUUGGGACUGGAACCUGAUGGGGGAUAAUUCUACAUAUCAUGCUUUGUAUCCAAGGGCAUGGACCAUAUAUGACGGCGAACCUGAUCCAGAACUUAGAAUUGUUUGUCGUCAAAUUUCACCUGUUAUUCCUCACAAUUAUAAAGAAAGUAGCUUCCCUGUCUCAGUUUUCACUUUUACGCUCUAUAAUUCUGGAAAGGCUGCUGCAGAUGUCUCCUUGCUUUUCACGUGGGCAAAUUCUGUUGGAGGGGAUUCCGAAUUUUCCGGUCAGCACUUCAAUUCCACAACAAUGAUGGAGGAUGGUGUGCAUAGUGUCCUUCUACAUCACAAGACAGCGAGUGGGUUGCCCCCUGUGACUUUUGCUAUUGCUGCACAGGAGAUCAAUGGAGUUCAUGUCUCAAAAUGCCCACGCUUUGUGAUUUCUGGGCAUUCCCAAGGAAUUACAGCAAAGGACAUGUGGGAUGAAAUAAAAGAGCACGGAUCCUUUGACAACCUUAAGUCUUCUGGAACAUCAGUUCCUUCAGAACUGGGAUCAUCUAUUGGGGCCGCCAUUGCAGCUUCAGCGAUAGUUCCACCAGAUGCUGUACGCACUGUUACAUUUUCAUUGGCAUGGGACUGCCCCGAAGUAUACUUUGUGGGUGGAAGGACUUAUAACAGGCGUUACACAAGAUUCUAUGGUACUCAUGGGGAUGCUGCUGCAAAAAUUGCACAUGAUGCUAUUCUAGAUAAUGGCAGUUGGGAAUCCCAAAUAGAAGCCUGGCAAGGGCCAAUUCUUGAAGACAAAAGGCUUCCUGAAUGGUAUCCUAUCACUCUAUUUAACGAGCUGUAUUAUCUUAACUCAGGGGGUACAAUCUGGACGGAUGGAUCACCUCCAUUCCAUAACUUAGUAAGUACUGGGGGAAGGAAGUUUUCCCUUGAUAGCUCGGGGGUAGGUUUGAAGAGCGUUAUUGGUAUUAAUCAUCAGAAUGAUAUUUCUACCGACAUUCUUGGAAGAGUGACUUCAAAACUUGAGCAAAUUCAUGCUCCUGUUGCAUCGAACUCUGCUUUUGGGACUAAUUUGCUUCAAGAAGGAGAAGAAAACAUUGGUCAAUUCCUUUAUCUUGAAGGGAUUGAAUAUCACAUGUGGAACACCUAUGACGUUCAUUUCUAUUCCUCUUUUGCUUUGGUUAUGUUAUUUCCCAAACUUGAACUUAGUGUGCAAAGAGAUUUUGCAGCAGCAGUGAUGAUGCAUGAUCCCAGUAAAAUGCAACUUUUACAUGAUGGACAAUGGGUCCGGAGAAAAGUUCUUGGAGCAGUUCCUCAUGAUAUCGGAAUUCAUGAUCCUUGGUUUGAAGUGAAUGCAUAUAACCUGUACAAUACUGAUCGAUGGAAAGACUUGAAUCCAAAAUUUGUUCUCCAAGUUUAUAGAGAUGUGGUUGCCACUGGUGACAAGAAAUUUGCCGAAGCUGUUUGGCCCUCAGUUUAUCUUGCAAUGGCUUUUAUGGAUCAGUUUGACAGGGAUGGUGAUGGGAUGAUUGAAAAUGACGGCUUUCCUGAUCAGACAUAUGAUACAUGGUCUGUAUCUGGUUUGAGCGCAUAUAGUGGUGGGCUAUGGGCAGCAGCUUUGCAAGCUGCAUCAGCCUUGGCACGAGAAGUUGGUGACAAGGGUUCAGAGGAUUAUUUUUGGGCUAGGUUUCUGAAAGCAAAAGUUGUGUAUGAGAAAUUAUGGAAUGGUUCUUACUUCAAUUAUGACAAUAGUGGCAGCAGCAACAGUUCAUCUAUUCAGGCUGAUCAAUUGGCUGGACAAUGGUAUGCACGAGCAUGUGGACUUUUCCCAUUAGUUGACAAAGACAAAGCAAGAAGCGCACUACAAAAGGUUUAUGAUCAUAAUGUCUUAAAGGUGAAAGAUGGGAAAUUAGGAGCAGUAAAUGGAAUGCUACCUGAUGGGAAAGUUGACCUUUCAUCGUUACAAUCAAGAGAGAUAUGGUCUGGAGUCACAUAUGCUGUUGCUGCAACAAUGAUUCAGGAAAAUAUGAUUGAUACAGCCUUUCAUACUGCAAGUGGAAUCUAUGAAGCUGCUUGGUCUGAACGAGGAUUCGGUUAUUCUUUUCAAACUCCGGAAGCUUGGAACACCGAAGGCCAGUAUAGAUCGAUAUGUUACAUGCGUCCAUUGGCAAUUUGGGCAAUGCAGUGGGCUCUAUCAAGGCCAAAACUCGACAGAGAGGAAAUGAAAUUUGAAGUGAAGGAAGAUAAUCUGUUUCCACACCAUGCUGGAUACGACAAAGUUGCUCGCUUCCUUAGGUUGCCAGAAGGGGAAUCAUCUAUAGGUCUUCUUCAGUCUUUAUUUGAUUAUACUUGUAAGAAGUUGGGUUAUAAUUAAUUGUUGUAUCAUAUCAUUCUUCCAAUGGUAUUCGUAUAUAGGUGGGGGGUGUAUCAUUCAAACAUAUGAAAAUUAAGAAUAGGUGCUUUUGUUAUGUACUAUUUUGAUUUUAAGACUACAAUUUGAAACAUUGGAAAUAAGAUAACUUUUUCCUGAGAGAAGAAAGUUUUUGCCUGA